CAAGGCUUCCCAGGAACGAAGAGCAGAACCCCCGGAGGCAACUUGUUUAAAAUAUACCAACUUAAAGCAAUAGUGCAACGUGACGUUUCGAAAAAGGAGACGGGUUCGUCUAGCUAUUUUUCGGCUUUUCUUUUCACGAAGACCUUCUGUGUCAUUUGAGAAUCAUGCCUCAGAGGACCGGAGUUGUGCUGCUGCUCGCGCUCGUCGCGUGCGCCUACGAGUGGGAUCAGAACGAGUCCUUCUCCCCCCGGAGACCGCGCGUCUCCGCCAACAGCCCCUCAGAAGUGGCACGCUGCCUGAACAGCGCCCUCCAGGUGGGCUGUGGUGCCUUCGCCUGUCUGGAGAACUCCACCUGUGACACAGACGGCAUGCAUGACAUUUGCAAGUCUUUCCUCUAUAGUGCUGCUAAAUUCGACACUCAGGGCAAGGCGUUUGUGAAAGAAAGUCUCAAGUGCAUGGCCAAUGGCAUCACUUCCAAGGUCUUCCUCACCAUCCGCCGCUGCUCCACCUUCCAGAGGAUGGUGUCUGAGGUACAGGAGGAGUGCUACAGUAAGCUAGACAUCUGCACUGUGGCCCGGGCAAAUCCAGAGGCCAUUGGCGAGGUGGCCCAGUUGCCAAGCCACUUUCCCAACAGGUUCUACAGCAAGCUUCUGCAAAGUCUAAUGGAGUGUGAUGAGGAGACAGUCGACCUAGUGAGGGCCAAUCUUGUGGCCCGUAUGGGGCCUGAGAUGGCCAUGCUCUUCCAGCUACUGCAGAGCAAGCCCUGUCCUUCCGUAGAGGAUGCUGACCCAUCUGCCUUGGAGGGCCGUGACCCCCGCUGGCGAUGGCCUGUAGGUCCACACAUGUUCAAGGUUCAGCCUAACAUGCGCAACAGAGACUCUACUGGUAUCUUCACCAAGAAACGCUCUACUAGUGAUAAUUCCUAACUCCCAUUCAAAAACACAACCAGUGUACACUGCAAGUUCUGCAAAAAAAAAAAAAAAAGGAAAAAAACAAACCAGUAAUGCUCUCUCCCUUUGGGUGUGUCAGGAUAUUUCCUUCCCAAAUUUUGAUAAGAAGUAACUUUAGAGUAAAAAAAAAAAAAAAAAAAAAGAGCUUAUGUGUCAGUCGUAUGUAGCGACAGCAUAUGAAUACAUCCAUUGAAUAUCUGGCUGCUAAUGUAGAGUUUACUCUUUGUUGAACAGGUGUAUUCACACAUUGCAAUUACAAUACUACAUUUAUGAACAAAAGGAGGGUUUAGACUCCUUUUUCCUAAAAAGAAUCAUAACGAAAAUAUGUUCUUGUACUCACAACACAAUAUUUCAACUCCAAUAUUUCUAUAUUUCAGUUACAGCAAUGAUAAAAUAUUAUGAAAAUCAUUGUUACCUAAAACAAUUGGCUGCACAGAAAGAGAAAAUAUAUAUUAAUGAGCAUUCUCAGUAGUCCUAAGGCCCUAAUCAUUGUUCGUGAUUAUACAGAACCAUGUGUUCCCCUGUGUAGCAUUAGUUGUUGAUUGACCCACUGGACCUUCACGCGUACUGUUUUUUGCACCAGAUAGGACUUUCUUUGACAAGAUGGGAAUUGUGGUAGCUUGUACUUGAAAUUAUUACAGAAACACCAAAAUAUGAAAACAACCCCCCCAAUAUUGCAAUGCAGAUGUCUGAAGGUUCUUGGAAACUAAGGUGCAGUAGUAACAGAAAAAGAAGGAUAACACUAAAUAAAAAUUUAGAAAUGAUGUUUUCCAAAGCCUAUGGUGCAGAAACAGGGUGGACAAUGACACAUGCUGCCAAAUUCAAGUCAAGAAAUAAAAAUUUUCUCUUGGAUGUGCAAUGCGUAGCUGUAGCAUAACGUGUGAGGAAGAAAUUACUGGAGAUAGAUUUAAUCCUGCUCUCUGGGCUGAACCACCACACACACUCUACAAGUAUGGCAUGUAGAGAUGGGUUAUUAAACACUGGCUUGCAGUGUUUCUUAGAAAGAAAAUAACAUGACUAUUUAAGAAAGCCUUGUUGAUAUAUUAAUAUUUAUUUUCCUACUAUAUAAUUUAAUUUGUUAUUUUAUUAAGUUGCUGUGGUUAUUAGUUUUGUAUGCAAGAGCUAGGUUUCAGAUAAAGAUUUUAAGGAAUAGUUUGGUUGUGGCUCUCAUUGUCUUGGGGGCAUUUCAAAUCAAGGCAUUUUAAGCGUCUGAGGUGUCUUCUGAGUGAAUAGGAUCCAUGUUAUGACUCUGUGCUGGUCAUGGGGGAACGCAUUAGCCAUUCUAGUCGGGUAAACUUCUCACUAGUGUUAUAAUGGACCAUUCCUAAAGUAUCUUAGCAAGGUCUAGAACAUGUGUAUGUGUGAAGGGAACAUAGAGACAAUUAUGUUUCUUGUAUUAUUUUAAAGAUUUUUUUCAGGACUUCAUUUAUAUUCCUGUGUAUGUUCCAAACACUGCUGGUUAAUUUCAUAGAGGUAUAAAGUGAUAAACUGAA